AUGGGGAACAUCUCUCUCUGGUUCCGCAUGUAUGGGCUACCGUUGACACUUCUAAUUUGCUUCCUUCUGUUGGCGUUAACGAGUGACCUGAAAGUGUUUCGUAAUCUUCCCCUUCCGAAUACCACCACUGUGGUACGCUCGGGCCUCCAAACCAAAAGCCAGACCACGCAAAAUACUCCAAAUUUGGUCCAGGAGCCUUUCGAUCGUUUGUCUUUUCUUAGCUGGGAGCUGCACGAGGGCUUCCCAAGGUCUCACCAGUCCGGUAGACCACGUCUGUUGAUCGCUCAAACGAUAUCCAACUUUUAUGCGCCCCUGUUGGAUGCCGGUCAGCCAGUGAACCAAGCGUACGCACGAGUGUAUGGCCACGACUACGUAGUUGCACGUGGGAUUUAUCUUGUGAACGAGAGAAUAAACGAAACUCAGUUGACUGCGCCGGACUCGAGAGCAUCGUACAACAAGAUUGCUCUUCUGAGCUAUGCCUUGCGUGAGGGCAAGUACGACAAGCUUUUGGUACUGGAUUCGGACGCCGUAAUCAGCGAUUUUGAUAUUGAUUUUGCCACGUUCGGAUUGGACCCUGAAGUCAUGUUGUUUGCGCAAGCCGUCGAUCCAAGCAAGGCAGUGAACUACUGGGAUAUCAACAAUGGAGUGACGCUUUGGAAUCUUCACCACGGCUUGUUUGUUCCAACUUGGUACGAAUGGUACAGUCGUUCAAUGAAAAACGUCUACCGCGGUAACAACGAUAAAGAUCAAGGAAUAUUGCACUCCAUAUUGAGACAGAUGCCGAACGAAAGCCGCCCAGUCCGUCGGGUAAAGCACUUUUGCUGUUACCGGGGAGCUCUAAUUCAGCAUUUUAUUCGUAAGAACACUACUGAUUUUAUGGUGUUGGCAAAGUCCCGCUUGGAAAACUUGAAGGCUGACGCUAACUAUACUCUGGAGUACUACACCACGCUCAUCAACCAAACAAUCAAUCAAAGUGCACUCACUGUCGACUAAUGAAUUGCAAUGGGAAGCGCUUGGCAGAAAAUUGACGGAGAGAAGGGUUCUUACGCUCGUUCGCCAACGCCUUUUGUUUGUUUACGCCGCAAAGCUCCCAUCAUGAAUGCAAAUUGGGGCCUGGCGUUGCUAAUAGUAGGUGACAAUUGAUAGAAACGGAUUAAUUUGCAAAGAUUCUACUCCGCUUUGUCCAAGGGUCACAGUGAUUCAGACGCAGGAGCGUACACGGGUCCCGGGGCUGGCCUCCGAAGCAUAUCAG